AUGCCCUUUAGGGAUAAGCUUUCUGAUCGCAAUAUCAGCGACAAGGAGUGGCGCAUAUUUGAGCGCCAUUUGACCAAAUGGCUGUCAGACAAUUCCAGGAACUUGACUCACGAGGAAGGCAAACAUUUUCGUACUGCCACUGCCAUUUGUCUCACAACUGGAGUUUCUACUGGCGUUUUUACCAAUGUUUUACUCAAUAGAUUUAAAUUAUUUCCCAACCGGUUGACCAGAGGACUGUUUUCAGUGUUUGGUGGUCUAUACACAUCUGCUUUUACAAUAAACUCUCUCAGGAAAAGCAUAUAUUUGAAGUUGCUUGAUAGCACGGGUCCCGCAGGAUUCGCCAGCAGGAAGAUUUUGGAGAGCACCAAGGAGCUCAGUCUCGAACAGAACUACGUGGAUCCCAUUUAUCUACCAUCCUAUAAACCAGGUUCUUACACUCCUGGCGCAGCCAACGCUGCCUCCAACACCGCCCAUGGUACCACUACUAGUGGUGACGCUAGUACUUCACCCAGUGACACUUAUUCUACCAAUUCAAACUCUUACUCUCCUGGUUACCCUCCCAGCAUUGCUCAAGGUUCCAACGAUUACCCUGUUGAAGGGCUGGAUUCACGCUCCAACGAGUCUAGGGAUGGGUAUAGGACUUGGGAAGAGAUAAGGCGAGGAAAUGGUUAA